AAUCUUAACUAACAUUCUCGUUGAACUUGCACAAUGGCCGGAUAGAUUUGACGAAAUUUGGAAAUUUUAGCAUCGAAAAAAUAUGCUUAUCCAAUUUGAGGCGUUCUAACUAUUGUGUCAAAAUGUGUAGAUAAACCGCUGAUAAGGUUGGAUUGAGGGUUUUUGGCCUGAGAUGGGAGGACAUUUGUCUAGAAAACAGUAACUCAAAAAUAGGGUAGUAGAUGAUGCACCAGGAUGGUACAGAUAAAUCUGAAAUACAGCAGCCUGGAGUUGACAUUCUAACUGGCAUUCCAAUUACUGCACAAGCAUUAUGUCAACAGUUACUUCCAGGAUCACCAGCCAAUACUGCUCCAGGCACACCUGUCUAUGGUCUGACCUCAGGGAUCCCAUCUACUGUGCCUCGGACAGUAAAACAGGAGUUACCAAGUAGACACUCAGGAGGUGGUACCGUUCAUCAUCAUGGUCCUACACCACCACGGACAGGGUCAUUACCCUCGCAUACCAACCUUUAUCAUAAAAUGUCUAAUCAACAAAAAUCCAGCACUGGACAUUCUUCAUCUGCCUUUGCUGCUGCUAAUAAACUUUUGAUGGAGACGAAAUCUCACAGUGGACUUAGUUCCACAUUCCCAAACCUAACAGCUCUGGCUAAUCAGAGCUCGUCCGGUCCCUCACCAAAGAAGAAAAUAAAAGUGGAAGAGAAACCCCCACCAACGUCUGAAAUAGCUAAUUACAGGAAACUUGUUCAUGAUAACAAAAUUAAAGAAAUGUUGGAAAUCAAAGAGAACUAUAUUGAAAAUUUGUCUGAACUGUUUUUCUUGCAAAAUGGGGGCAAUAUGAUGGAUUAUUUUGUAUGGACAAAAAGACCUACUCCACAAUUAGUGAACUUCUUGAAAUCAUCAAACAUUGACAGUGAUGAUGAAGAAGAUCAUGGUUUAGAAAGAAAAAUUAAUAAUGAGGUGAAGGUUUUAACAUGCAGUGGAAGUAAUGUUCCUAUUGCCACUCCAGUGGCAAUAUCAACCACACUACCACCAUCUGUAGCAGCUCUCAACCAGCAGGGUUUUGAGGUAAAACGCCAAGGAGGUAGACAUGGGAUGGUGUUUGGUCAUGCUCUGCCUAUUACGCCACAUUCCUCCCCACCUGUCAGCACUGAGUCUAUAGUCACGAGCAGCAUUCCUCCACAACUGUCUUAUCUGACAACACAGUCACCAAUAGCUGUUCCUCUAUCAGUCAUUCAGCCAGAGAUGACACAGUCAGCCAUGUUGUCUCCCGCACUGACAGUUUCCAGUUCAGUGACGACGACUGUAACACCAGCUGUGACUAUGCCACAACUACAGAGUCAGCUGACAAAGACUGUUACAGAGACAAAACCACUUAGUAUUAACACUUCUAUAAUAACAAAGUCUGCAAGUUCUCCUGCAUUAUCCACUAUGGUUAAAAGUCACAAGUCACCGCCAGUUUCUCCACUGACCACUCCAAGACCAUCACAGAUUUCCUCUGUAUACGAUGGAAGUGUAGGAACACAAGAGGCUAUUGUAGAGAGAGCUAAACAGGAGGCUCAAGUAAUGCAUAGAGUUGCAGAGUUGAGAAAAGAUGGAUUGUGGUCCUCCAGAAGGUUACCUAAAGUACAUGAACCUCCGAGGUGUAAAGGUCAUUGGGAUUACCUACUGGAAGAAAUGCAGUGGUUAGCUGCAGAUUUUCAGCAGGAGAGGAAAUGGAAAAAAGUUGCAGCUAGAAAGCUUGCUAAAAUGGUAACCAAACAUUUCCAAGAUAUGGAACAGAAAGAACAAAAAGCAGAGGAAGAAGAAGGAAAGAAAUUGAAGAAAAUAGCCAGUCAGAUUGCUAAAUGUGUUAAAGAAUUCUGGUCUAAUAUUGAAAAGGUUGUACAGUAUAAACAACAAAGUCGCUUGGAAGAGAAGAGGAAGAAAGCGUUAGAUAUCCACUUGAACUUCAUAGUGGAUCAAACUGAAAAAUAUUCUACAUGGCUGACUGAAGGAUUGAAACAAGGCAGUUCUGUAGGCUCUACAGCAGGCUCUCUAGGGUCUCUCAGUGAAGCAGGAGAUGAUGAGUUUAAACCAGAGGUGGAGGAAUCUGAUGAUGAAGAAACAAUUGAGAAGGAAGAAGAAGAAAUGGAAAAGGAUGAGUCAUCAACAAAAGAAGAGCUUGAAGCAUUACAAAAAGAGAGUGAAGUACCAUUAGAAGAUCUGUUGAAGACUUUGCCAUCGGACAUUUUGGAAAAACCAGCAAGUUUACCUGAUGAUGAUGAGAUAGAUGAACCAGAGGAUGAUGGUAAAGAUGAGGAGUUUACAGGAAAGGAAGAAGAUGAGGCAGACAAGGAAGAAACAAUAGCUGAACAAGAGAAACACGAGAAGAAAACAGACUAUAGUAAUGAAUUAAAAGAUUUAGAAGAUGAAGGUGAUUUACCCAUGGAAGAGUUGUAUAAGAAGUAUGCUGCUGCUUAUGAUAGUGACUUUGAGUAUGAUGAGCCAAGUGACGAGGAAGGAGAUGAAACGGAGGAAGAAGAAGGAGAGUCUGAAGAAGAAGAGGAAGAGGAGGAGGAAGAAGAUGUUGAUGUAGAAGAGGAUGUUGGAUUGGAAUCAUUGAUGGAACAAGAUAAAGAAACAGUCAAGGAAGAAUUUGAUGCAACUGGACCUGGUAAAGAGCUAACAGAUAUAGCUGCUGAGGCUGCCAGUCUACAACCAAAAGGCUACACAUUGGACUCCACAAGUGUGAAGACAACAAUUCCAUUCCUGUUGAAGCACACUAUGAGGGAGUACCAACAUGUAGGUCUGGACUGGUUAGCUACGAUGUACGAGAAGAGGUUAAAUGGUAUUCUGGCUGACGAAAUGGGUCUGGGCAAGACAAUCCAAACAAUUGCACUUCUAGCUCAUCUGGCAUGUGAAAAAGUGAUUUGGGGACCUCAUUUGAUUGUUGUACCAACGAGUGUCAUGUUGAAUUGGGAACUUGAAUUGAAGAAAUGGUGUCCAGCAUUUAAAAUAUUGACUUACUACGGAACACAGAAAGAAAGAAAACUGAAGAGACAGGGAUGGACCAAAACCAAUGCAUUCCAUGUUUGUAUAACAUCUUACAAGUUGGUCAUUCAGGAUCACCAGGCUUUUAGAAGGAAGAAAUGGAAAUAUCUUAUAUUAGAUGAGGCUCAGAACAUCAAGAAUUUUAAAUCCCAAAGAUGGCAGAUGUUGUUAAACUUCUCAAGUCAGCGGAGACUCCUCCUUACUGGUACCCCUCUACAGAACAGUUUGAUGGAGUUAUGGUCCUUGAUGCACUUCCUUAUGCCCCAUGUGUUCCAGUCACAUAAAGAAUUCAAGGAAUGGUUUGCUAACCCAUUAACUGGCAUGAUAGAAGGCAGUCAUGAAUACAAUGAAAGUCUCAUUAGAAGGCUCCAUAAGGUAUUGAGACCUUUUUUAUUGAGAAGAUUAAAAUGUGAUGUUGAGAAACAGAUGCCUAAAAAAUAUGAACAUGUUGUAAUGUGUCACUUGUCCAAAAGACAGAGAUACCUUUAUGAAGAUUUCAUGUCACAAGGAGCAACAAGGGAAACUUUACAAUCAGGACAUUUUAUGUCUGUCAUCAAUGUACUGAUGCAGUUGAGAAAAGUCUGUAACCAUCCAAGCUUGUUUGAUCCAAGACCAAUUAUUUCACCAUUCCAGGCCGAGGGCAUAUGUUAUCGCACAUCUUCAUGUGUCCUGAAUGUUUUAGAAUAUGAUCCAUUGAGGGAUAUAGACUUGUACAGUUUAUACCCAAGCUUAGCUGACAUGGAGAUAAAUCUACCAGCAUUUGUUGCUCAUCGGGUAAGGGGACUGCAGACAAGUAGAAAGUUGAUAGAAGAAAUAGAUGACACGGAGGAAUAUGAACAACGACCAGUCCCAGGAAAACUUCAGCCUACCUCAUUUCCAAGUGUCUUCCAACAGUGUGGAAGGUCUUCACCAGCAAUUACCAGUACUGUAAUGUCCAAUGGUGGGUACCCUGCCUCCUCUGUUCCGGUGAUGACACCAACUGUAACUACAGUAUCUACACCAGGGAUGGUCACUGUGGCAUCCAGUAUGCCAGUCACAAGUGUGGUACAGACGAACAAACUACAGACAAAAGUGGGUCCUCAGUCUGCUGGACAGACACCUGUUUCCACUCAGCCAAUCACAGUACAGAUACAGCAGACUGACCAAGGAGCUAGACUGAUGAUACCUGCUGGACAGUUGUCUCAGUUACCUGCUGGGUUUAUACAGAUAGUUCAGACUUCAUUGGGACAACAGAUGAUCGCUACAUCUGCAGUCAGUUCAGUAGCAACUACAGCUUCUGCAGUAGUAAAUGGGCAUCAGACCAUAACCACUACAGCAAGUUCCUCUGUAACAGCUACUACAAUGGCAACAACAGUCAGAUCAUCUGUACAGCUACCAUUAUCUACCAUGGCUAAUCAGAAGCCAGUAAUGAGAGUCAGUCCUCUAACUUCUGAAUCACAAGUAUCAUCCUCUAUAAUAAAUGUGACAGAUUUAUCAGGGAGUGUAAAAUUACCUGGAGCACCUUUACAAAACAAAUCAGUGAAGAAAAAGGUCAGAAAAGAGAUCAAGAAAUCCGAGUUCUAUUGUAAUUCAUUAGAAGAAAAGAAAAUGAGAGAAAGAGAACAAAAGUUAGAUUUUAUUGCUAAUACAAAUGAGAAACAUUGUUCACGUGUGCCUGUUUAUGGACAAGACUUGUGUCACACAGUUGACGUGUUCCGAGAUAUGAAUAAGACUUGUGUUAAAGACAAUACAUGGAAAGGUUUAGGCAUGGUAUACUGUCGUAAUGUCCAUACCUGGCCUAAUGUUAAUCAUCCCAGUUAUUACUGGAAACAAACCAAAGUGCUUUCAAAUCUUGUAAAUACUCCAGAACAAUUCCUACACAAAAUGGAGGAUAUCCUUUUAAGGUACACAUUUAUCACCCCUCCUGUGACAGCUCCAAGGAUUCAGAUGCAUGUGUCCCAUCCUCCUCCUCAACAUCUGGUGGAAGAGAGGAGACGGGAGACAUUACUGCAGAGUGAACUGUCUCCUAAAGCAACUUGUCUUCAUCCUAUAUCAACCCGACUUCUGGUACAGUUCCCAGAAAAACGCUUGAUACAGUAUGAUUGUGGAAAACUUCAAGUGCUGGAUAUUUUAUUACAUAGACUUAAAACAGAAGGACAUAGAGUGUUAAUAUUUACACAGAUGACAAAAAUGUUGAACAUUUUAGAGGCAUUCCUAAACUACCAUGGUCAUAUAUAUCUACGUCUUGACGGAACAACUAAGGUUGAACAAAGACAAUUCCUAAUGGACAGAUUCAAUGCGGAUAGGAGGAUAUUUGUGUUUAUUUUAUCCACACGAUCAGGUGGUAUUGGUGUGAAUUUGACAGGUGCUGAUACUGUGAUAUUUUAUGAUAGUGACUGGAACCCAACUAUGGAUGCUCAAGCUCAGGAUCGAUGUCAUAGGAUUGGUCAGACCAGAGAUGUUCAUAUCUAUAGGCUUGUGAGUGAGAGGACUGUAGAAGAAAACAUCUUAAAGAAAGCCAACCAGAAGAGAAUGUUAGGUGAUAUGGCUAUAGAAGGGGGUAACUUUACUACAACAUUCUUCAAAGAGCAAACAAUCAAAGACUUGUUUUCUGAGCCUUCAGGUUUAGAUUCAUUGGUUAAGGAGAAGGAAGACAAAAAAGAAGAAAAAACUGCUCCACCUGAAGCUGUUGAUCUGAAAAUGAAAUCUAUGAAAGAAGUAGCUGGAGGUGACGAUAAACCAGUCUCGUCAGACACUACUGUUCUCAAUCAGUUUGAAAAGGCCCUGGCUAAGACAGAAGAUGAUACUGAUGCUGUAGCAGUUGAACAAGUAAAAGCUGAACAAAAGGCAGAACUGGCAGAAUUUGAUGAAAAUAUCCCCUGGGAUGAAAGAGAGGCUGAAAGAAAAAGGGAAGAAGAAGAAUCCAAAGUAGAAAUGGAAUUAGCUAUGUUAGAAAAGGAGCUUACACCAGUGGAAAGAUAUGCAGUUAACUUUAUGGAAGAUGAAAUGGAUCCUUUAGCUGAAGAAUUACAGAUUGCAGAGGAGGAUAUAGAAAAUGCCAAGAAAGAAUGGGAGCUUGGUCGAUUAAAGGCUUUAAAGGAAGAGGAAGAAAGACGUCUGGAGGUUGAAGAAGAUGAGAUGCUGUUUACAUACACCAGGGAGGACGCCUUUAACCAGGUCUUUAAAUCUGAUGUUGAUCAGGAAAAAAUGACAAUGUGGACCCCUCCCACCCCACCACAUGAUGAUAAUGACAUCUAUAUUGACCAAUCAAUGUGCUUCCUGUAUGAGCACAGUACCAUGCCAGAGACACAGUUACCACCCAUCUACAUCAAGAAAGAACACAAGAAACCCAAGAUUGAAUCCAUCACAACGAGAAAACAGAAACAAAGAAAAGAAGAACAACCAAGAGUUCCACGGUCAUUGUUUGAUAGACCUACAUCUGCUCUUCUCAAGUUACGUAGGGAGGCCAAACUAAAACAAGGCUUACUGAAACCAUUCCGUCCAGUUCCACAGAUGAUUAACAAACCCCCAGAUCCUACACCUGAUCAUCCAGAGUGGCUGAUACACGAGGACUGGGCAUUGCUACAGGCUGUGCAGACGAUAUUUGAUGUGCCCUUGAAUCUAAUGGUUGUUUCCCCUGCUCACUUACCAAACUGGGACCUAGUGGCAGAUAUUGUUAAUAGUUGUAGUCGAGUGUAUCGUUCAGCCAAGCAGUGUAAAAACAGAUAUGAAAAUGUUAUCAUACCGAGAGAGGAAGGAAGAAUACUGUAUGAUAUCAACCCUAAAAAACAGAGCAAGAAAACAAAAGGAAUUUAUAAGACAAAGAACAACCGACCAAUGAGAACAAGUCAGUUAUUUGUUCAAGAUAACCAGAAUGCCAUAAGUAUGUUAUACAGUCUGAGGUUUGACGGGGUCAAAGGUAUAGCGACUAAACGUCCACCUCCACUCAAACAGACUCUGGUUAAUCCUACAUUGAAGAAUCCAAAACAUGCAUCUGUACUGUCUGAGAAUGAAAUCAACUAUGAGCAACCACUCACACCAAUGCAGGUAGCUGAGAUCAGAGCUCAGAGAAUCCAGAGGGAAAAGAAACAGAAUCAAGCUGCCGCUGCUGCUUCUGCCGAACAACAGCUUCAGAAAUCUCAAGCACAAACUACCCAGUCUACCCCUACAGCACCUUCCCAGCAAGCUGGAACCACUGCUGUGGUGGUGGCACAAAGUAUAGCUGGCACAGUCGCAGGUCAACAACAGAUCUACACUACUGUCACAACAGCUGGUCUCCAGACGGCCACAUUAGCCAAGACAGCAGUAGGACAGGCAGUGACAGCCUUACCCCGGGCUGCCAGUAAUAUUGUAGUUAAUACACCCCCAGGAGUAGCUUCUAACUUUGCUGCUAUCAAUAGAAGGAUGAGUCAGGCCAAUGCAGGACAGCCUGCUACAGUGGCCGUAUCAAAUAUGUUAACAUCAGCCAUAAGAGCUCAGCGGCCAGCAGCUCCUCAAACCAUACAGGAAAUAACCUCUGUAAGUCAGGGCGCCACAGGGCAGAUAGCUCAAAUAACUACAGCUAGAACACAAGUCUCUACAGUAACCACAUUGACACCAGCUCAGUUAGCAGUGGCUGCAGCAGCCCAACAACGAAUACCUGGUAUCACAACUAUUGCUGGAAACACUGUAGUACAACAACAACUGACAGUAGCAGCUGGUAAAACACUGACACCACAACAACAACUAAUACAACAGAGACAUCUGAUUGGUCACCAGGCUAUACAACAACAACAACAACUCAGGAUGCAGAAACUUAAUAUUACACAACAGCAAUUACGCCAAAUUCAACAGAGUGCAAGGCCAGGAAUUCCUCAGAAAACAGUUAUAGCUCAACAGCUUGUCACAAGUGUUGCUCAGGUUCCACGGAUGAAGAGACAACUGACACAGGAAGAAUUGAAUCGUCUGAAACAACAACAGCAGCUAAUCCAGAAAUCACAGGGACAAUUACAAUUGCCAGCUACACAGAUAAUAGCCCAGGGUCAGGUACAACAGGUUGGUCAGCCUGUUUCAGUGGCAGGGACUGCUGCCCAUUUAGUGAAGACAGUAUCCACACCAGUACCAUUACAGUUGCCCACCAGUACAGCUGUCAGUAUAAAUGUUACUGUUCCUGCUCAAAAGACAAAUAUAGCUACCAAAGCCACAAUCAGUCAUCUUCAGAAGGGACAGUUACCACCCAUGCAAUUACUUAGAAAAGGACAGCCCAUUCCUGGACAACAGAAAAUCACUUCCAUUACCCAGCAAAUGGGGAAGACCCAGAUACCUCUCAAUACAGUUCAGAUCAUACCUCAACCUCAAAGUGCCUCCGGUCGACCUCUGACCUAUCAGCUGCAGCAAAUUAUGAGUACAAACAAACCUCAUCAAGGAAUGAUAAUAACAUCUCAGCCGACAAUCAUUGCCACGGUCACUCAAAGUCAGCCCUCUGGCCAGAUCGUAACUAAAGUUCUGACCUCAUCCCAAGGUACCAUACCAACUUCACAGAUACAUACCAUAUCAGCUGCUUCGCCUGUAAUCAGUCAUGUGACAGUGGCUGCCAGUGCACCAACACAGAUACCUGUAGCAACAAUCAGCAUGGCUCAUCCCUCUCAACAAGUCGCCAAGUCUGUAACAGUGGCAACAGUCGGUAAUGUUAGUGGCAACACUGUUCAAGUUCAUCCAGUGGCAACUCAUCAAGCUAGGGUAGCAACUUUAUCACAGGCUUCAAUAGUGGCACAACCUGUUCAACAGAUUCAAGUGACACCUAGUGGCUCAGUACAGCAGCCAGCAACGAUUCAUGUUCAUUCCACAUCUCAGCCAUCAACAGGCACUGUAGCGUCUAACACAUCAUCACCAUUGACAUUGACUGUUACCCCAGCUAUUCAAACCCCUCCCCCUAAUGUAACAUUAAUUCAGCAACAGGUACCAGUUUCACAAACAACGGUACAGACUGGUACUGUCACUUCACAGGCAGCUCUAGCAGCAGCUGCAGCACUGCCUCCACCGUCACCGGUAGCUCAAGGAAUUGUUACCACAGUGGUGCAGACUCCACAAGGACAACAGUCUAUUAAACCAUCUCCCUAUGCCAUGAGGACUAGGAAUCAACCAAAACAUCAGUGAAUAGUACUGCAAAUUAUUAAACUGAAAUCAAUCAACACAAACUUAAUAUUUUACAUAGGGACAACAGACCAAUAAGAUGUCACCAAAAAAUCUACCAA